GGGGGUGCAUGGGUGCAACAUGGACGCCGUAGACCCGUCGGAGUCUCCCACACGACAGAAAUACCUUGCGGAGGAUGUGGAGACGUGUUCGGAGAGGAGCGAGGCGGCGGAGCGCGGACGCAGCUUGAAGCAGAAAGACGAACCCACACGGAGCGAAAGCACCGAGAGCCGCGACGAUGAGCGGAGAGUCAGUGCGGGCGAGGACGGCGGCGGUGUCGCCAGCCAUUCGGAGGCUAGUGUCGAGUCCGGUGCUGGAGCAGACAAAACGACAUGUAAUUCACCAGAGGACCAGAAGACGGCCGGAAAAAUGGCCGAGGUGGCGGGGAGCAAGCAGCGGGCUUUCGACUGGUCAGAAGACGAGGACGGCGAGGAGCAGGAGGAAGAGGAGGCGCAAUCACACAAGGAGGGAAAUGAUAAGAGUGACCCCAGUAAUGUUACAGAAAUGGCUGAUAAGGUGCGGCAGGAUGCACAUGUUGAUGGUACUGUAGCCGUUGAUCCGAAGGAGGUGCCUGAGGAGGAGAACCCACAGAGGAGCACAGAGAUGGUGCCUGAGGAGCAGAGGAGCACAGAGAAGGUUCCUGAGGAGCAGAACUCACGGAAGAGCACAGAGAAGGAAGUGCCUGUGGUGCAGAACUCUGAGAGGACCCCAGAGAAGGAUGUGCCUGUGGUGCAGAACUCUGAGAGGAGCACAGAGAUGGUGCCUGAGGAGCAGAGGAGCACAGAGAAGGUUCCUGAGGAGCAGAACUCACGGAAGAGCACAGAGAAGGAAGUGCCUGUGGUGCAGAACUCUGAGAGGAGCCCAGAGAAGGAAGUGCCUGAGGAGCCGUUAGGAGACGCAGACGGGACGGAGGACGCGGUUGAGGACGAGGAGGAGGCAGACAGAGGGGAGGACGCUGAUCUGGCAGCCAGGCAGAAAAAGUGCCGUCUGGUGUGUAAGGAGUGCGGCAUGAGGUUUAACCGCCGCGAGACUUUCAACCUUCACCGCCACUUUCAUGCGCACGCGGACGAGCUCACGCCCCUCACCUGUAAAGAAUGCGGCCUUACAUUUCAGCACCGCAGCAGCCUCAUCAAACACAAAAAUGAACACAAAGAGAAGGAGGAGGAACUUGUUACUCCAAAGAAGGAGGCGCAAACGAAGGAGGAGGGUAGUGUUCAAUGUGCAGAAUGUCGAAGGAUCUUCUCCACAGUGGAUAAGCUGAGGGAGCACAGCUGCAGCAAUACAGCCGAAAAGCCUUACCACUGCCCCCUGUGCCGCCAAGAUUUCCAGUUUAGGAUGUCCAUCACAAAGCACAUGAAGACCCACUCCCGGGAGAGCAUGUUUACGUGCCAAGAGUGCAAUAAGACCUUUCCAAACGCCAGCGACCUGCGCUAUCAUCAGCGAUGUCACACCGCCCUCAAGCCCUAUGAAUGCCCGGAGUGCGGCCUGGUUUUCAAACACUACUCUGUCAUGGAAGACCACCGUCGCAAGCACACAGACAUCGCACGCUCUAACCUGUGCACAAUCUGCGGCAAGACCUUCAAGUAUAGCAGCCUCCUCCAUCAGCAUCAGUAUCUUCAUACGGGCCAGAAGCCCUUCCGCUGCCCUGAAUGUGGUAAAACAUUUGCCUUUGCCCAGAACAUGAAGGCACACUGCCGCCAGCAUAGACUGCGUGAAACUAAGUCCCCCAUUGAGCAGCCCUGCAAGCCGAUGCCAGUGCCAGUACAGGAGGAAGUUAAGGGCCUAGGAAAAGAGAAUUCACACCAAAGUGAAGAAACAAAACGCACAUUCAGGUGCCCUCUUUGUCCGGAGGGCUACAGCUCACCAGCUAACCUGAGAGCCCACAUGCUCAUUCACGAGGCAGAGUAUGAAACGCUGGACAGAAUACCCAAACCCCCAAAAGACAUUAACAAGCACUGGGAAAAAGGACACGCGUGUCCACACUGCCCCUGUGUUUAUCGUGAUGAAUCCAGUUUAAAGAUACACCUGUUAAGUGUCCACAAGUUGGUAGCAUAUUUAAAAAAGGUGUCCACACCAUAUAAAAAGAAAUUAAAUCUGCAAAGUAGUGAUAAUGUGCGGGUAAAAUGGAAAAGCGAUGGAAUAGGUGUUGAGACACACAAAUGUUCUGAGUGUGGAAAAGCGUUCCGCCAUCGCUCAGUGUUAGAACUACAUAUGCGCAUACAUACCAAGGACAAGCCUUACCAGUGCAAGGUAUGUGGCAAAAGCUUUAGAUUCAGUAGUUACUUGCAGCAGCAUGUCAUCAUUCAUACUGGCCAAAAGCCAUACAAAUGCCCCGACUGUGGGAAGGACUUUGCCUUCCUGCAGAACAUGAGAACCCAUCAAAAGCUGCAUCAGGAGAAACCAUUCCGCUGCACCAACUGCCGCAAAGGCUACAGCGACGAGACCCAGCUGCAGCAGCAUAUGCUGUCGCACAAUGGUGACAAACCACACAAGUGUCACCAGUGUGAUAAGAGCUUUGGGUUGGCCUAUCUCCUCCGUGAUCACAUGAACACACACACAGGAGAGAGACCUCAUCGCUGCGAUGAGUGUCACAAAACCUUCUCCUGGUUUAGUAGCCUGCUCGUUCACCAGAAAAUUCACACUCGCAAGCACCAAGGUUUCAGCCAGUAUAAUUCUCUCGCGAUUAGUGCUAGGAUGAGAGGAAGGGGUAACAGGGGGAGGAGAGGGGGGAGGCCCCUGUUGGGCUGGUCCAGACCGUUAGGCUCAGGGAUGCUUAAUUCUCAGCCAGCUCAAUUUCCAGUUUCUGCACUAAGUGGCCCUGAGUUGCACAGAAGGGCAAUGCAGCCACAGUCUUCCAUGGUCACGUCGCACAUUGAUUUACAAAGCAGGCAGAUGAAGGAGCCGUUGAUGUCCGAGCUGCAAUCUCAGCCAGUGCAGUGGAAGGUGGACGGUGGAGAAGUCAUGCCUGUCCCUUCGUCACAGCAGCAACACGCAGCUCCACGGCAACCGCAGAUUGACCUCCCGUUGCAAGCAGGUCUGCAGCAGAGGAUAACUCAGCCAGGCCCUGCACCGGCUCAGAGCUCAGAGUCGUCACACAUGAAAGAGAGCACAGUUUCUUUUGUCAGCUCGCACCUGGCAUCUGUGCCAAAAAAAUCCAGUCCAUUAGCAGUGAGUGCGAUAGAGCAGCACAGGCAGCCCAUACCUAUUACAUGGAGCAUGGCACCCAUGUCCACAGUGGUAGCUUCCACAAGCUCCCUGCAACGUGAUUUUUCUAUUCCCUCCUACAUCGAUGGGGCGGCUCUGUGGAGCAUCAGACCCUCCGCAAAUUCACAAAGUAUUCCAACUAAGCUUGGUCAAGAGCUAAUUUGGAGAGCAACACAACAAAUAUCUUCCACACUUCCUAAAAAAGAGGACAAUAGAGUGUGGGAUAUGAGUAAUCUUCAAGUAAUACCGUCGACUGUUAGCCAGCCGGGGAAGCCGUGGGCCUCGGGCUUAGCAGGUGCAUCAGCUCAAAAAGACCAAAGCAGUGUGGUGCCAAUUUCAACUCCUGUUUCUCUUGCAGUAGGUAGCACCUUGUGGGACAUAAAAACAACACCAGGAAUUCCAAAGACUAUAAAUUCCACUGAGAAAUUAUUAAAUCAAGAUUGUCAGCUGCCGCAGAAGCAGGUGUCAUCUGGCUGGACCAAUUUACAAAGUCAGACAGCGACACAGCAGCUUCCCAUCUCCAUUCAAUACGACCCACAUCGUUUUGGCCAGGGGAUAGGAACUUCAGUAUGGGGCUUCCAAAGUAAUGCUGUGGGUCCCCAAACGCUGAUCACAAGGCAACUCAAACCAGGGAAUGGACCAGAGCUUCAACAACAACCAAUUGUAACAGGCACUCAGAUAAUCAUUAAUCAGCCUUCGCCCUUUUUCACGCAGUCACUUUCUCCCCUCCCUCUUGCUAUGCCUGGCCCCCAUCCUCUUCACACUAUCGCAGUUGGUGCACUUCCAAGACCUCCCCAACCAAAUAUUUUUUUCACAUCACAGCCAAUUAUGAGCGAGAGGCCCCACAUCCCACCGACCCUGCCCCUACCUCAAGUCACCCCUCGGACAGAACCUCACAAACGACUUCUCCAGUGCAUGAUAUGUGGGUGCUCUCUCCCUCGAGAGCAGGAUCUACAAAUGCAUUACUUGCAACAUGCACAAGGAGAGAUUUGACAUUUAUACAUUACCAAGACUUGGUUAGUUUUUUUUAUAUAUAAGUAUAUAUCUAUAUGAUUUUUAAUCUUUGGAACCUCAUUUAUUUGACCCUCAGUUGUGCCGUUUUACAAGUAAGUGGAUGGGCAUUGGAGACAAAAACAAUGAUAUCAUUCGCACAUUUGAUGCACCUUUUUAUAUUCUGUAGUUCAGCUUCACAUUAGGCUGUUUGAAACAGAGGGUGUAUACACGUGUCAUUAAAAAUUUUCUUUCCUAUUUUUCUUAAUUGUAUGUAAGUUAUUCAAAUAUUUCAAUGGUUUGAAUAACUUCUCAGCGGUGGAGAUGAAUGAGGUUCUGUGAUCUACAUUUCAUUCAUUGUCAAUGACAAUGACUUUUUUUAAAGCUCAUACGUCCUGAACCAUUUGAAAUGUGUUUCUCCAUGUACAGUUUACUGUGUGCCUUUUAUGAGUACAGUCUGCAUGUCUGCUGUCUUGGUAUUCUAGGACUAGUUUGUGCUUAAGGUAGACUCAACAAUGUGACCUCACUCCCAAAACAGAGAGCUACAUCUUUGAAGAUACUGCAAAGAAACUCAAGUUUUUGCUCUUGGGGCGGAGCAGUGCCGGGGCAAUGGGAGUUGUUGUGCUCACAUGUGUCAGAAUAUACAACGAAAGCUGACUACACAGUAUAAUCCUGAGAGGAAGCACUUGUAUUCACAGGGCUGCUGACUGGGUCCAAUUAUCUUGUAAAGUUCUCAUUGUGAUAAUUUGGUCAGAGAAAAAGACUAAUUCGGGAUUGUUAAACUUUAGGUCAUUUCACAGUGAGCAUUUUCCUGUAAAUUAAAGUUUAAUUAUUUAGAGUAAUUAUUGCAAAGAAGGAGAAACUUCUGUCGGUUCAGAAUUGUAUAUACUUUUUUACAGUUGCAGGACAAACAACAAAUUAAGGAUUCUGAGAUGGAUGUUUUGCUGUAAUCGAUGCAAAGUCAACACAUUUUUUUGGGGAAAAUUCAUCAUCGGUGAAACGUAAUAAUUGGAUUUUACACUGAUGCUGGUUGACAGUGUCUAGCACCUUACCAGAAUUACUAUUUCAAAUUGGAAUGUAAAAAACAUUGAAGUCCACCCCUUAGUACAAUACAAUGUAUUAUUUCUGAAUACUGAAUGAUUUCAUUAUACACCUGUAGAUUUAGAUCAGUACAGUAUCACAUCUCCACUAUCAAACUGGGUAUCUGAGUAGCUCUGGUUGCACUGUAAGUGACUGAAAAUCUUCAUUACUACUGUAAAAUAAACACAAGGUCCAUUUGUAAAGAAAAAAGAACUGUUUCUGUGCGUUUUCACAUUCAGCGUCUUAACAUAGAAAACAUGUGCCCUUAUACCUCUAUCCACUGUUUUGGCGUGGAAAGAAAUAGAAAUUUCCCACGAUGUCUACAUAAUAAAUAAAACUUUUCUUUGAUAUUAUAAUUUUGG